UCGUGGCUUCACUCAGUGCAGAACUUCCUGUUUUUGGUUUGAGAGAAAACAUUAGGAUGGGUUUAUUAAAACUAAAUAAUAAUUUUCGAGUUUUGGUCUUUUACAUGGUUUGAAGGUUGCUUUUGUGUGGGUUUUUUUUUUCUUACGACGUGAGAAAUUAAAUAUUUUGGAUGGAUCGAAUUUUGCAGAGGAGAGCAUGGACAGCUCAGUGACCCUGUGGCAGUUCCUGCUGCAGCUGCUGCUGGAUCCGGGCAACAAGCAGCUCAUCUGCUGGACCAAUGAGGACGGCGAGUUCAAGCUGCUGCAGGCCGAGCAGGUGGCCAAGUUGUGGGGCGCUCGCAAGAACAAGCCCAGCAUGAACUAUGACAAGCUGAGCCGGGCGCUGCGCUACUACUACGACAAGAACAUAAUUAAGAAAGUAAACGGCCAGAAGUUUGUAUACCGCUUCGUCUCCUAUCCGGACAUUUUAAAAGCCGAUUACGCAGCCCGAGUCGACGGAACCGAAGCGAGUCCCCUUCCUUCUCCCGAGCAACAACCAAACAAAGGCCAACCCACCAGCAACAAACCCGCCAAGGACGCCUUCAAACCAGGCGGCACAGCUCCGAGCCAGUCCAAAUCGUCCAGCCGGAACGACUACAUCCACUCAGGUCUGUACACAUCCUUCACGCUGACCUCUCUCCAAUCAGGAACGCAGCUCUUCAAGUCCAUCAAGAUGGAGAACCCCGGAGAGAAGCUGGCAGAGAAGAAGGAAGCCGCGCAGCCUCCGUCCGUCAUCAAAUUCGGGACUUCGCCUCCGACAAGGGCGUCGACGCAGACCGUGACGGAGAAGCUGAGUCCGCCUGCGCAGUCCGUUCAGCCCCCGAUCCAGAUGUCCGAGCCGGAGGAAGAGCAGCUCACUCCCACCACACCGUUCGAGGCGAACUCUAGUACUGACGCAGCACCAAUAAACAUCAUCCUCUCAGGGAUUUCUCCUUCUCUGGGAUGUUCCUCGCCCUCCCCCAGCACACUCGCCGACUCCAAGGAGCUGAUCAUCGACACGGACGUCGAAUCGGUUUCCUCUCAGCCCACCGAGCUGCAGCUCCAGGUUCAGCCCUCGUCUGAAUCCAGCUCCUCGGACUUGUCGCUGAACCGGAGUCUGAGCGGCAAAACGUCGAAGAAGCCCCGAGGGCUGGAGCUCAUGCCCACGCUGUUGGUGAGCAGCUCGGAUUCGAGUCCCCUCAACCUGUCCAGCCCGUCGCUCCCGACAGCCUCCCUGACACCGGCGUUCUUGCAGACGCCCUUGUUGCUCACACCAAGUCCUCUGCUCUCCAACAUCCAUUUCUGGAGCACACUCAGUCCUGUCGCUCCGAUCAGCCCGGCCCGCAGGCAAGGCGCGCACACGCUCUUUCAGUUUCCAUCCGUCCUGAGCUCCACCCAGUUCUCAGUGCCGGUCCACAGUCUGGACGGUACAAACACACCAGGCCCUCUCUCUCCAGACCCACAGAAGACAUAGAAAAUAGACUGCUCCGGUUGUCUUUACACACUCGUCCUCAGCCCAUGACCUCCCCCUCCUCCCGUAUGAUGAGUGUUUAGGACCUUCUUCAGUCCGGAAGGAGAGGAGAGGAGAGGACAGUGGUCAUGGCGUUCUCUCUGCUCAAACAGAUUCAUGUUAACCUUACAGAGGAGGGGAGACCGGCCUGCAGGGAGGCAUUUCUUUAGGGGUUCUCACUCCUCUACGGUAUGGGGAUUUUCUUUUUAUAGGUUUCUGCACCGGCAUGCAUCGAUACCGAUACCGGUUCCUCCAGACCAAGUUGAUUUUAACAAACCUGUCCAGCGGGGCAGUGUACUCGCUCAGAGCUGGUAUUUUCACUCCCCUAGCAAGCAGUUUAAAGUUCCUCCUCUUGAUAUUUUUAGGUAUCGAUGUGUCUACAGCCUGAGGUAGAGUACCAGUCAAAAGUUUGUACACCCCUGCUCUACUCAUUGGCUUUUCUAUUCUUCAAAAAAAAAUGUCCAAAGUUUACCUUGACGCUUUGUACGCUAUUGGCAUCUUAACCAGCCAGGUAGUCCCCUGGAAUGCUUUUCAAUUAACAGGUAUGCCUCGUUAGAGUUUGAGAAACAGCCGUAUUCAACUAAUCCGUAUUGUUCUGGAUACGAGUUCCGAUUGACUACUCCACUACUAGGAUAUCAUUACAUACACUGAGUAUAUGAGCUAAGUAUUUGAUGGUAAGAGUUUGUAUAAAAAAAAAAAAUUAUUCCACCCAUCAUUACAUUUAAGACAUGAAGUGACGAAUUCAAAGGUGAAAGGUGCGUCCGGACUUUUGACUGGUACUCUACUGGCCUCUCCAUGAGGCCCAGUCUCAUUUCUUUGCCUUCAUACUUGGAAGGACAUGAGACACAUUUUGAACAAAAACUUUGCACCUUUCCUCUUGCCAUAGAUCUACAAGAAAAGCACCUUCUCAUAACAAUCGUCACUUACCGACGCACUUACGAGGUCUCAAAAGACGUUUCUUCAGAAAACAGCUAGAGGUUGGAAUCUAGUUUGGUUAUUAAAAAGACGACACAGGGACUCUAAACAGCCAGAUGCUUAUUUUUGUAUCAUAUCUCGACUGUUCAAAUAGGGUUUCUAGCAGUCUUACUAUUUUUCAAAGGGAUUUAUAUAUCAUGUGGUUUUAAGACAAGUUAAAGUCAGGUGUCAAAUUAUUUGAAGAAAAAAAAAACCCCAGGAUUCAUCUACAAAACUAUUUUUGUAAUUUUACAUAGACAUUUCUAGAAGUUAUAUUUAAGCCACUACAAUUUUUUUUUUAAAAUGUAAAUUCAACAUCAAGUCAAACUUAAUUUAGCUGAAUCCAUGAUUCUUCUACGUGCAAACUUGAAUCUGAAGGAUGAAUAUUAAUCCAGGUUUAGGGACUUGCAGCUACGCAUGUUCAGUUUGAUUGGAUCCAAUGAACAAUUUAAAUUAAAUUCAAAAGCUCUUAGUAGCGUAAAUAUUCUGUCGAAAUGAGACCUUGUUUUAUUACCAACAAAUUUCAACUCCCCUCUAUGGAAUGAAGAAUUUGUCCCUACAAUCGAGUUUGUAAAUUAAAGAUUUAUAGUUGAAUUACAUUUAAAUUGAACGUUUUCUCUGUGGUUUGAACGUGUGCAAAAGUGUUUUUUUUUCGUAGCACGUUCCAGCCAUGGAGUAUAGUUUUAAUGAGUGCAGAUCAACUAUAUUUCUAAAUUAAAUAUAAAAAGAUUUGCCUUUUACAUUUGACGCUGUAGCGGCACGUUCAUCAUUCCAUUAAUUUCCACCCUCUGCAGUCGAGACUUACAGCGUGGCGUCUUUGUUUGAAAUAUUUCUGAAGCCAGCAAAGUCCUAUAUCUACGAUUAAAAUCCAGGAAAUACAUAUCUAAUAGUUGCACAAUGCAAAAUCCUACCUCUAUAUCUCAGUGUUGAAUUAGGAUCUCGUUAAGCCAUGACUCAAACACAGAACUGGAUUCACAGCCACACGGCGUUACUCAGCGCCAGAUGUGUGGGAGAGAAAAAGAUUAACAGAAAUUAUUUAGCAUCUCAGACCGAGUCUCAGGUAUGUUAAAUACUUUCAAAACACCAAGCACUUAUGCAGUACGUACAGAGCUCAAAGUGUGGGUUCAAGAACAAGGGCAAUAUAAUACUAAAGAUGAAUGAAAAGAGGCUAAAUAAAUGAAAUCGAUUUGAUUUUAGCUAAUGUACGUCACAAUUGAAAGUUAAAAAAAACCCACACAACUUUCCCCUCUGUGAAUAAAUGGAAAGCAAAUAACUGCUAAAUCUCAUUAUAAUGCUUAUUUAGUAAUUGCCAAAAAAAAAAAAUUGAAAAGCCAUUUGACAAAAACCUUGAUGUGCUCAAACCUUUUAAAGGGCUAUGUAUAUAUAUUCAAUUAGUAAAUGAUUUUUCUCCACCGUUUGACUUUUUUUUUUUAAAAUCUUUCCUUUCUCAGUGGUCAGUUUUCUGGCCCUCGGUGCUUUACAGAGCUACAGACUUUACAAACAGAGGAAAAAAACAAAACCCACAUACCACACGGUAGAAACCUAGCUGUACAUAACACAUGCUAACUAAAGCUAAUAAUUUGUGUCUGUUUUACAAAUCUACACAUUUUAGGAUCAUAAGGACCUGAAAUUUAGAAAUGAUGCUUUUUAUUUUGGGAUAAUUGUGUGUGUGUGUGGAUUUUAAGUUUUUUUUUUUAAAGCCCCACAUAGCUACAAACCAAGUGGAUAUCUUGUGUAUUACGAAAGCUCUCUUUCAUAGCUGCAACCUCCAGUUUCCUCCCGUACGCUUUCAACUAUUAAAGCUAAUGAUUAGACUUGAGCAUUCCUUGUUCCUAGAAGUAUUCAACCCUCAUUAUGAUGUGUGUGAUGGGAAGUUAAACCCCCCCCCCCCCCCCCCCAAAAAAAAAACCCUGUUCUGUAUAGUUUUUCUACAUUUGUCUGCUUGCUUGUAAAUAUUCUCUGUUCCUUUCGAAAAAUCAGGUCUUUUGUGUUCCACCUUUGUAGCAUUCCCAAACUUGUGUAAUAUAUUUGUGUAUAAUUUCUCACUGUUCAUUUUCUCUGCGGCACUUAAGCCAUGUUCAAAACAAUUAGAUGACAUUUAACAGACACUCUUAUCUAGACAGACAUGGUGGUGCCUUGUUCAAGGGCACUUCAGCCAUUCCUGCUGAUCCAGGGCAUUGAACCAGCAACCUUUUGGUCCCAAAGCUGCUUCUCUAACCACGAGGCCAUGGCUUCCCCAAUUCCAUUUCAGAAAUGAAAUAAGCCACACCCUUGCGUACCUCUGUUUUCCCUGCUAUAAAAAGAUUCUAUGCACCUUGAUCUUUUACUAUAUUUACGGCCCAUAAGCUAUAAACGAAUUUAAGAAUUCAGAUAGGAGAGAAAAAAAAAGCCACCCCUCCCUCACUACCUUGAAAAGUGCCCAGUCCUAAACACUUUAUAAAAUGAUGUUCAGCUGUAAAAAGGGGUGGGGUGGGGGGAAUAUUUUGGUACAAAUGCUGUUUAACGUUUUGUCCCAUUGUUUUUUUCAAUCUGUCACAACCCGUGCAAAUGUUUACAGCUGUUGAUUUGGCUUAAUAGCUAUUGUGGAUGUGGAAUAAAAGGAGAAACAUUAAAAGAAAAAACAAGCAACCAAUAA